AUGGCAGCUGCAAAGCUGCGCGAAUUCGUUCGCACAGAGCCCCGCUGGGAGUAUGACUACGAGCUAGAUACAUUAAAAGUUGAGCCAGCCGUGACAAUGAGGUCGGAGAAAAGUAUUUUCUAUAAAAUGGACUCAAAGCCACGUGGUCGCGCUAUCAUCAUGGUCACCGAAACCGAACUCGAGUACGAG